UGAUGCAUGACUUACCAUACAUCCACCCGUAGCUUUCACUACACACUCUUUCAAACACAACACACUUAUCCUUCGCAAGAGACGUCUGAAAGUGCGGACAACUAGUCCCAUUCGACCUAGCUUACCUUUCCUUUCUUUCUCCCCCGAAAUCCAUCCAUCUCUCCACCCCCUCGAUUUGUUCAGUCUAGUUCUCUCAACCUCCGAAAGGAGCAAGCUGCUAGAAAGACAGACAGGCAGGCAGACAGACAUCUUGAGCCAUCCAUCCGAAUCUCCAAGCCCACCUACAUCACCUUCACAUCCACAUUCACAUUCACCUCAACAUCACCAUGAUAACAGAUGCCCAAUUAUACUCGCUGGCCGUAUUCCUCGGCAGCGCCGCCAUGUUACUGAUCGUCUUCUACCAUUUCCUCGAAGUCAACGCAGUUGAAGACGAAUUAUCGAGCGAUCUACAAUCCGAAAGCCAAGGCGUUGGUGCCACAAAACCUGUUGUUGCGGUGGUGGGUGGUGCGCCGGGGGUUGAGAAGAGGUGAUGAGAGGAAGAGGUGGUCGCAAUGACUUUCUGAGUGACCUCGGGGAGUAAAGACUUCUUUUUGCAGAUCGCCCAACGUCCACGUCUUUUCGCACCCCUGUUCGAAUGAGGAGGAAGUCUUCUCUCAUAUUAUGAUUGAACACACGGUUGAGUGAAGAUGGUUUCGACUUCUUCGCCUUGGAAUCCACUCGGAGAGCGAUCCUACUUUCAAAGGGAAAAAAACCAUUGUCACAAGCAUCGAUAUGAGCCUAGUGGGCGGUUCUAAGGAUUGAUACUCCAAGCAACGUCUACGACGUCUCGGCGGAGUACCUGAAUCUCCAUCGGCUAAAGCCCUUCGAUUUAUCUACCACGAAAGUCAACCGAUUCAUAGCCACGAGAAUAUCACUUCACGAUGGUAAUUUGAAUCUGAUCUGAAAUUGAUGGAUUUCCAAGCAUGGAACCCGGAGGUUGCCCAACCUUGUACGGUCCAUCUAGUGUUAUCAGUCAUCUUAGUUGGCAAAUGCUAUCGUGCUUUCAUUUGUUGACAGCUACAUUCAAAUGUGCCAUGUGAUGUCGUUGUUUAUUGACGUCUUCGAC